AUGGACGUGUGGCACGCCAGUUUCGUGCAAAUCUACGGGCGGCCGCCGUCGCUUAGCGACAUCGCUCUCGCGCCGCCCCAUAUUAAAAGUGAGAUCUCUUUUCCUUCAAUUUUCCGAUAAGGUUUUCGUCUAGGGAACUUCUUUGUGUCAUAUUUAUCCAUCCCCGUUUCAAACCUCUAGGUUUUUAUCUCACAUCUGGCUUUGAAGGCAUAGGGUUUGGGGACAAAAAUGACAUGUUGUAGAGCUCUUUUUUUUCUGUCGAAUGAUGUUCUUGAAAACGUACAAAACUUCCUAGUUUUGGAGAGGGGAGGCCUUUUUUAGUUCCCGCCAAAAAAGCGUUUUGCAGCAAAGUUGCUCAAUGGACAACACGAACGGCAUUUUUCGGAUUUUUGCUUUUUUGUUCGUUUCUCUCGAAUUUCAACUUUUUUGUUGUCUUUAAAGUUCUUUUUCUCACGAAAACGGCCUAUCCAUGUAUAAUUUGCAAAUUUUGAACUUAAAAAACUACUCUGGCGAAAAAUGAUGAUUUUACACAGAUUUCGGAAUAGCGAUUUUUUGUGUUUCCUUUAUUCUCGAUGUGUAUUUUUUGUUUGACUAAAUUUUUUUUCAAAAAAGAAACUCAUAAUUUGAAGCGAAAAUCCAAUAAUUUCUCACAAAAGUGUGAGCCUAAUGAAAAGUCCGCAAAAUCGCGUGAACGGCUACUGUAAACAGUUUUCUGUACACCGAUGUGAAGAAAAUUAGAAGGCGGGAGAAUAAAAUCACGUUUUUCUUCAAAAUUACUCAUUUCUGUGCAUUUUUGAUUAGACCGUUCGGCAAUGAAAACCUCUACAAAGUACCCAUCCGUUUUUCCUGUCCCUAUGCCUUUAUUAUCCAAUUAAUCUUCACAGAAAAAUUCGUUGCAGAAUUCAUAAUGCUCAGUUUUUCGAUUUCAGAAGCUCUAGAAGAGACGAAGAAGAAAGAAUGUUCUGUUGUGAAAACUCCUACAAAAAGAGGACCGAAGCGAUCUUUAGCAACGGCUUUUCGGCUUGGAAUGGUCGACGGCGAAUCUGUGAGCCCUGCCAAAAAAAGGCCGCCUCCGAAGAACUGUGUUCGUCGCUUUCCUAUCAUACUCCGAAAUGAAUAUUCCUGAGAUUUUCAAUCAUUUUUCAUCGAAAAAAAAUUUCAACUUUAAGUUCAGUUCGAUCUCGCCAGUACAUUACUCAAGAUUUUUUAAAUUUCAGCCCUCAUCUGAGUCGACUGAGAAAACAGUACCUAUAAAGACGGUAGCUUCUCUGUGAGUCCUUUUUUUUGAAAUACAUUUUUCUCUUUGAAACUUGCAGACAAUAUUCAACUCCUACAAAAACGGCAGCUGAACGAAGAUCUCCUCGAAAGGCGAGUUUUCAAAAAAGACAUGAUCAAAAAAAUUUUUCUCAAAGAAAAAAAAAAUUGAAGGUUCAAAAUUUUUGAGAAAGGUUCACACCCAGGAAAGGUCCGAACGACCUCAAAAAAAAAAACUUUAAAAAUUUGAGUCUAAAGCUCCUUUCUGGGUCCUUAGAAUAGUGUCAAAAGUUUAUCGGAAUCUCCUUUCUUUCAUACACCUCCUUGAAAGGUCCUUUUCAGAAAAAGGUCAAGAAAAAAGGUCCUUUGAGGGCUUUUUUGCAAAAUUUUUUUUUGAGACCUUUUGGACGUGUUAGCGAAGCCAAAAGUUCAAUGGUAGCUUACAAAAAUGACAAGAGGUCGUGAUAAAAUCUUCUUUUACUAUACAAGAAAAACUGGUAUGGUUGUUAGAGAGGAUUUGAACCAUCAGUUGUCGAAAAACAGUUCUUUCUCUUCCAUUUCACAGUACUUGUUGUAGACGUGCACACCCAGAGCCCGGACUCCGCUCAAAGAAAAUCAGGACGGAUUACUCGGACUGCAGUUCACUCCACCUCGAAGGAAGGCGGAGUUGGAGAGCGCCUUGAAGCCGCCUCUCAGAAGGAUCACCAACAGAACCCUCGCCUCGACGACGCCAAUAAAGUCGCCGCUGAAGCCGGUGGUCAAGAGAAACUUCAUCAACAAUGUUUGAUUUGACUUCUUUGUCACGAGCCUUUUUUUCAUUCAGCACAUCUCGGCGUUACUGGAACCUACGCCUGAGAAAAGAGCACAAGAGCCGUUGGAAGUCUUUGAGGACGAGCUCCAAGAAAAGUUGGUAUUUUUUCGGUAAUCGUGGGUGAUGGCUGCAAAAGGGCAGCAAAAUGAGUCCCUUUAUCGAGCCUUCCAUUUUUUCUGUGAUUUUAAAGGCUCAAGAAAUGGUGGAAAAGGUGAUCAAAAAUGGUGAAUAAGAGCCGAUGAAAUGGCCCAAAAAAGGAGCCUUCGUCAUCCUAAAAGAAACUUUUCUAUGGACCCUUUUUCCACCCUUUCCGACUCUGCCUAUGUUUCGAAGUCUACGGAAAGUUUCACUGUUCAACUUCUGCUCCAAAAAAUUUGCUAUAAAUGUUCAAUUUCUCAUAAAACUUAUCAAAACGUCCGAAGCAUUUGUGGUUUUUUUUCAUGUCAGUGUUUUUUUUUUAGAUACAUGUCAUAGGUCAAUCAUCCACAAACUAGUUUUUUUGACCUUGCAAAAUUUUUACGGUUCCAGAGCUGAAACCGAAGACGGUGAAGUUUUGAAAACGAAAAAGAAGGCCCAGAAAAGGUCAGUUCACAACGUUCUAAAUCACCUUUUAAUCCUCUUCCAGAUUAACAGCUGGCGAAUCGACUUGCCCUAAAAAACCUGUGAGAAAAGCAAAGGAAAACUUUGUCAAGAUCAACCUGCGCAAAAAGACUUUUGUUCGAGGAAAAGUUAGUCAUUAUUUCUGCAAGUUUCCAUCCGUUUCUUUCAGGUCACAGCCGAACAAAAAAGAAAGUUCAAGCGGAAACAAAUGUUCAAGAAGUUCUCCAAAGGUUGA